AAGAGCUAUUCCUGUCUUCUCCCGCUGCCUCCCAGUCGCAAUAACAACACCGGGAGAUAAGAGAGGCAGACGUGACGGAAGAAUAACGGGAAGGAGGAAAAAGGAACAAGUCAGCCGUGAGAGGAGCUCCUGCACCGCGGCCAUGGCCCAGGCGAACAUCUCGGUCACGGAGAGCCAGUUCAAGUGUCCCAUCUGUCUGGACAUCCUGAACGACCCGGUGUCCAUCCCGUGCGGACACACCUACUGCAUGGCGUGCAUCAACGACUACUGGGACCAGGCGGACUCGGGCCAGUUCAGCUGCCCUCAGUGCCGGGAGACCUUCAGCCCCCGGCCGGUGCUGCGGAGGAACACGGUGCUGGCCGAGGUCGUCGACAAGCUCAAGCUGAGCGAAAUGGCCACCGCGUCCGCCGCGCCGCCCGAGCUCUACCUGGGGGGCGUAGGGGACGUGCCCUGCGACUUCUGCCCGGUGGAGAGCAAGCUCAAGGCGGUCAAGUCGUGCCUGGUGUGCCUGGCGUCCUUCUGCGAGCUGCACGUCCUGCCGCACCGGGAGGUCGGCACGCUGCGGCGGCACAAGCUGGUGGCCGCGGUGGAGAGCCUGGCGGAGCGGCUGUGCGCGCAGCACCGCCUGGGGCUGGAGCCGGCCGGGAGCGGCUCCGAGGGGGAGGCCCCGCUGGAGUGGAGCGGAGACUGUCUGCUGUGCGAGUCCGACCAGGAGGAGCUGCAUAAUAUAGACGCGCAGAGAGCCAGGAGGCAGGUCCAGCUCCAGGAGUCUCAGAGGCUGCUUCAGGGGAGAAUCCGGACCGGAGAGAGAGAGCUGGAGGAGUUUCAGCAAAGCCUGGAGUCCCUCAAGGUGUCGGCGUCAGCUGUGCUGGAGGACAGCGAGGCGGUGUUCGCUGACAUGGCCGUGCGCCUGGAGAAGACCAAGGCGGAGGUCCGUGCCAGGCUGGAGGCAAAGGAGCGGGCCGUGGUGGGACGGGCUGAGAAAGACGUGGAGAUGUUGGAGAAAGACCUGGAGGAGCUGAGGAGGAGAGACCAGGAGAUCAGCGAGCUCCUACAAACUGAGGAUAAUACCCACUUCCUGCAGGCGGCGCCGCUGAUGUGCGUCCCUCUCACCGCCGGCCGGCGCUCCCGAGCCCUCAGCCUGCCGACGGAGGCGUUCAGCGCCGCCAGGAGGGCCCUGUGCCACCUCCGCGGCCGCAUGGAGGAGGUCUGCCGGGAGGAGGUGGACAAGAUCAGCCGUGCAGUCAAUGAGAACUACGUGUCUGGCGGAGAAUGUGUUAAAGGUGAGAAAGCGGUACCGGCAUCGUUCCCUCUCUCCUCCUUGUCCCUGCAGCCGGCCGACCAGAGGAUGAGAGCAGCUUUCCUCAGGUUUUCCUGUCGUCUUUCCCUGGAUCCGGACACGGCCCACCCCACCCUGGUCCUGCUAGAAGGUCCCCAGGGCGCCCACUGCGGCGAGGAGCCCCAGUCCUACCCCCCUCACCCCCAGCGCUUCGACUCGGUGGCUCAGGUCCUGUGCAGAGAGGGCCAGUUUGGCGGGGCCAGCUACUGGGAGGUGGAGUGGCGGGGCGGCGGCUGGGUGGACAUCGGCGUCACCUACCGCGGCAUCGGACGCAAGGGCGGCGGCAAGCCCUGCCUGCUGGGGCGCAACGAGAACUCGUGGAGGCUGAGAUGCACCAACGCCGGCUACGCCGCCUGGCACGACAACCGCAAGACCACGGUGGCCGCGCCGCCCUGCCCGAGGAUCGGCGUGUUCCUGGAGCGCCAAAAGGGGGCACUGUCCUUUUACGGCGUGUCAGACACGGUGGUGCUGCUGCACACUUUCCGCUGCCCGUUCUCCCAGCCGCUGUACCCGGCUUUCCGUCUAGACCUGGACUCCACCCUGCUCAUCUGUCCACACGAGGGGGGCAACGGAAACGUACCCUAACACCCCACCCUGUCCCGUCCAGGACCCUUUUAUUUUCCACUGCAACAAAAGGGCUGUCCCCUCCUCUCAUGUACAUGAAAAUGAAAAUGGUCACUCAAGAGGUUACUGGUGCAGCGGCAACACGGUCAGGAAGAAGCACCGCAGUCAGGAAUCAAACGCUCCUCCUUAUGCAUACAUGUGACAAAGGGAAAGAAGAGCACCUCUCUCUUUCUUUCUCUCUCUUUCUCUCUCUCUCUUUCUGUCUCUUUCACUCAACCAAACCAGGCAUCCCUUUAUCCAAAAAAAAAAAAAAAAAGCACUUUUUUGGAUAUCUCUCAUGCUGAGCUGUACAGCACACUCUGUAGCUAUAUUUUUAAAAAUUCAGCAUAAAAAUCUUAGACAAACCAGUGCUCUAAUGGAUGUUAGCAACUUGCACAAACCAUUUUCUGUGUGUAAGGCUCCUAUGCACAUCUGGAAUGUCUUGAUUCAUUCAUUUAUUUAUUUAUUUUUCACUUUUUGAAAAAAAAAAAAAUUGGGAAUGACAAAAGAAAGUAUGGGCAAAUGUGUGAUUUAUUUUUCUCUUCCCAGCGUGGACGUGCAGCACAGAGACUCUAAAGAGUAUCCCUCCCUUGACUUUUUGUCCAUUUUUUUUCUUGUGCUACAAAUCUUCCCCUAAAUGUAUCUACUUUUUAUUGAGAACAUUUCUUACAUGUAGUAAUUCAAUACACCAGAAGCUGGACGCAGCGCCGUUCAUAAGUGGCACAGGUGUUUUCCACCACUUUUGUUCCUAAUUCUGAGGCAGAACACAAUCUACACCUUACUAAAAGCUUUUUUAAGAUUUACCGAAGGCACUUAAAGUAUAAAUCCCUCGAAUUUCUACACCACUUUAAUAGAGAGAUUUUGCAUGGACCAAAAAUCCCAAAUGAAUGUAUUCUGAGUUCAUUUUGUAGCAUACGAAAAUGUGCCAAAAGGUAAGGGGGUGAAUACUUUUUAAAGCCAUUACGUGGUGUAACUGUAUCGCCGGUUAUUUAGUGGAAUUUAUUUAUUGUGAACAACAGGCUUCACCCGUAAAGCGGCAUGACAGAGUGAACAGUCAUGUUGCUUUUACCUCAUAUAGGACACUGACCAAAACAUCACAUGUAUUCAAGAAAUGAAGGUGUGGAAGGACAUGAAAAUGAAAAUGAAAAUGAACAUGUGCAGGAAGCCUGAGUGUGUUCACCGUGCAGAUGACAUGGCCGCUUGUCUUUAAUUGUAAACUGCCAAUCACGUCAUUCCUUACUAACUAUAAUGUAGCUCUGCUCUCAUCGCUGUGACUCUUUACUGAUCCACAGUGAUCUCACGUAACCACUGCCGAAACCAUCAGACGAAUAAUCGAUUAACCAGUCAAACACCUGAAAACCAGUUAUUUCAAUGAUGGAUUAAUAAUUUUAACCAUAAACAAAAAAAAUCCCAAAUCAAAAAAAUCCCAAACAUUUGCUGAUUCCAGCUUCACUAAGAUCACCAAGAUGCUAAGAUUUUUUUUUUUUACUUUUCUCCAUUCAUGUCUUUAUAAAAGUCAGGAUUGUUGCCUGCUGGGCAACAAUCACUUUGGGCUCUGAUCACUUCCUAUUUCUGACACUUUAUAGACUAAAUGAUUAAUUGGUUGAUCAAAUGAUUAAUAUAUUAAUUAUCCAUAAAAAUAACCCUUAAACACAACCCUAAAUCUAGCUGUCCAUGUGCUGGAAGUGGGUAUGAUCAUCUGUCAACAGAAAUAUUUUGUUGAGUUAGUCACAUUUUGGUAGUAAAUCCUGUUUUCGUUACACACCUGCUCUUAACACUGAUCACUUAACACUGAGACUUACAUUUACUCAACUACUACGUUUACAUGCACGCAGGAAAUCAGGUUACGUGUUUACAUGUGUCACUUUACACUCAUUUCUCGAAACCCCUGGUGCACAUUCGCUCCCCCAGUAAUCCAGUUUAUGUUUUCAUCAGAGGUAAUGUUGACAUAAAACUGUUCAACGGUCCUCAAUGAAUUUUUUUUUAGCCUCUUUAUGGUUGGACAGUGUGUGUUUACUCCUUCUCUGCUCUCCCCUCGUGCACGAGCGCACACAGAAAAAGCCGUUCAGAAAUCCGAGUAAGGUUUUACACGGCCCAGUGAUCGGGUUUCUCCGGCAAAAAGCUGACUCUCUCAGCCUGAUUUCUUUUCAAUUUCUGUCUCUGAUUAUGGAACCCGCCUUUCCUGCUGGCAUUACACUUGAGAUAUCAGAUAACUUCCCGUACCUGGAGAAUAAGCCGAUUACUGAGGUGCAUGUAAACACAGCAAACAACACACUGAGUAAUUUCCAUCCUGACCAUCAACUCUGACAUAUUUCUGCUUGUAGGAUAAAUCCACCCGUAACUCUAAUUUUAUUUCUGGGUCCAUUUUGUUUGGUGGUGUAAUUGUCUUACUCCAGACAGUAAAUGGCUAAACAUAGACAGCAUGAAUCUCCAAAAUCUUUUCCGCUAAAACACCAUCAUUGAAUGUCAGUUUUGACUAAAUCGAGACGUCUCCCCAAAUACCAAUGAAAUCGAUUGUUUGUCUUUCUUCCCCUUGUUUCUUUGUCGUCCACCAGCACAUGCUAACGCCGCUCCGCCCUGCCGCCGUGGUGCCAAAACGACAACAAUUCGGUGGCCAAAUAAAUCCUGAAAUUCUCAGGUUGAUGGUUUAACAUUCACUCAGUGUCAUGCCAGUGCUGGCGAAUUCUAAUUGUAGCAGAUUUUAGGAGAAAUUUUCAGUGCAGUUUCAAAUGGGAGGGCACGGCGCUUGUUCGCUGAUGUUAAGGAUGACUAAAAACCCCAAAAAUUAAUGUAGCACUUUUAAACUCACGACUUCAAUCUAAUGUUUGAUGUCAAAUGAACACCUAAUCAUAAAAAAAUCCUUUGCAAAAAUAUCACAUGUGAAAUAUGCCUUUUCACAUGUGAAAAUUUAAAUUUCACAUGUGAAGUUACAAUUGUAGACAUGUGUAAAUGUUAGUUCACGUGUUUCAUGUUACUGCAAAUAUUCACAUGUGCACAAACAUUUACACAUGUGAAAAGAAAAUAAUGUCACAUGUGAACUUGAACUUUUCACAUUUGAUUUUCUUUCACAUGUGAAACGAAAAAAACAAUGUCACAUGUGACCCAGACAAUUUCACACGUGAUUUGCUAUUUUCACAUGAUUUGAAAUUUUCCACAUGUGAAAACUAAAUAUACAAUUCCACAAAGUCAUGUGGAAUUGCCAUUUUCACAUGUGAUCGGCUUCUGAACUAGAAUUUGCACAUGUGACAGCAACAUAAAAUCAUGUUGUGGUUUUGGAACGUGUGUUUCUCAUGUUGCUUUUUCACAUGUGAAAUAAUAACACUGGGUUUCAGACCACAUGUGGAAAGACCAACAUGAAAAUAUAUGUGGAAAAAGUCAAAAUAACACAUGGUUGUAGACGACAUGUAUCCCAAACCCACAUGUGGUUUAUUUCAUGUUAUGUUUUCAUAAGGGAUGGAUUGAAAUGCUCUUAUAUUUUGAGUUAUGACAAGGUAAAACAGUUGUCAUGACCUCCUGAGGCAUUUUUAAGUUAUAUUAUUUCGAGAAUUGGGUGGUAAUCAUCACUCUAUACCACUUCAUAACUGUUUGAGACCACAUUCGCUGCCUUUGAAUCGACGUCGCUCACAGUUUUCACGGCUCAGGAUCUGAUUUUGUGCCACAUUGCAGCACAUUUAAAAACAUCACACCUGUCUUAUGUGAAGUGGAAAAAAAAACAAAAACAAAAAACAGAAUCGGGACACUUUCGGCUGCAGUGUGAAUGUGACCUUGACAUCUUUACUGGUUACUACUUUACUGAUUUGUCUCUCUGCCCUGUGAUCUGGUUUCCAUUUGGCAGCGGUUUGAUCAUAACGCUGAAGAGGACAAGGAUCCGCUUGCAGUGUAAUUGUAAUGGGAUUUCCAACCCUCUGCUAAGACGCAGGAUCACCGUUUCACACCGAGAUAAUCAUCAAGAAAUUAUCAAGCGUAAGACGAACCGCACCCUGAGACUGAGAAUGUGGCCAUACAGUAGCAAGUGCUUUUCCCAGGUUAUGAUGUUUCAUUCUGUUUUUUCUAUGCUGCAUUGCUUAUUUUUGUUUGUUUGUUUGUUUGUUUUUAAAUGGUGCUACUCCAGAAAAGAUUGUGAUUUCUUGACCAAGCACUGUAUAAGGCCUCUCAGCAUAACCUAGUGAAAACAUCAAAGGAUCAGCACUCUUCAAUCCAAAGACAAAAUAGGAUAUCAUAUAGGUACAAAAAAAAAAAAAUAUAUACAUAUAUAUAUACAGUAUAUAUAGCAAUUAACUUUAUUUGGAAAAUGCCUUUCAAGAGCAUAUCAAAAGUAUUUCCAUGAAAAAAAAAAAAGCUUUAAUUCUAACUUGAAAUGUCUCAGUAACACAGUUCCAUGAACAUAAGUGUGUAUGUGUAUUUAUGAAGUGAUUUUCAACAAGAUGCCGCCCGACGUCGUCUGGCAGGUCGCGCCGCAGGAUGACGAGAUCCGUCUUUUUGCCAUGAAGUGCAUUUAUUAUUCCAUAACACAAAGAACUGUAAUAUUGAACAGCGCUGUCCAUGCUGGCUUUUCUUACACCAAAUUUCCCAUUUCCCCUCCUUGUAGCAUUUUCUUCUCUCCACUCUCUGUGCUUCCUUUAUUCCUGUGUAAGGUGACUGUGAAAUGUGCUCUGUUAAUGUGUGUGUGUGUGUGUGUGUCCUGAGUGUUGCUUUUCUCCUAGUUGAGUUCACUUUACCUCCCAAUAAAAACAACCAUGGACGUUUGAA